UGUCAAUCAGCGCCGACGUCACAAAGGCCGGGUCGAAUGGAGCUCCCCGGGCUCCCGGAAGAGGAGACGGCAGUAGCAGCAGUGAGCGGCGGCAGCAGGGCAGUGGCAUGUGUGCGGCAUGGAGGCCGAUUCAUUCUGCAUAUUCCAAGUGAAGAAAGGGACAAUGCGAUCCGAGUCUGCUUUCAGAUUGAGCUGGCCCAUUGGUUUUACUUGGACUUCUACUUGCAGAACACACCAGGAUUGCCUCAGUGUGGGAUAAGAGAUUUUGCCAAAUGUGUCUUCAGUCACUGUUCAUUUUUACUUCGAAAAGGAGAUGAUGUGGAAAAGAUUUUAGAUGAAUGGAAGGAGUACAAGAUGGGAGUUCCAACGUAUGGUGCAAUUAUACUCGAUGAAACACUAGAAAAUGUGCUCCUUGUUCAGGGUUAUUUGGCAAAAUCUGGAUGGGGUUUUCCAAAGGGUAAAGUAAAUAAAGAGGAGGCUCCACAUGACUGUGCUGUGAGAGAGGUUCUAGAAGAGACCGGAUUCGACAUUAGAGAUCGCAUUUGUAAAGAUGACUACAUUGAACAAAGAAUCAAUGAUCAACUAGCUCGAUUAUACAUAAUACCAGGUGUUCCAAAGGAUACAAAAUUUAACCCUAAAACGAGAAAAGAAAUCCGGAACAUUGAAUGGUUUUCCAUCGAGAAGUUGCCAUCCCAUAGGAAUGACAUGACUCCCAAGUCAAAACUGGGUUUAGCACCCAAUAAGUUUUUCAUGGCUAUUCCAUUUAUAAGGCCAUUAAGAGAUUGGAUAUCCAAAAACUAUGCAGAUUCUUCAGAUAGCGAUGGACUUGUAUCUAAUAACACAACACCAUCUAAAACUUUAUUGGAAAGGAUAAAUACAAGAAAAAGAGCUGGACAGAAUCAACAGUUAGUUGAUGGAUUUUCAGGAGACCAAUGGACAUGUUCAGUAAAACACAGACCACAGCAGAAGGCAUUCAGUCAAACCAAUCAGGUUGACCUUUCUGAAGCAAUAAAGAAUAAGGCAAGAAAGAUUCCUCUGCUGUUCCUACCAUGCUGCUGCACCCGCUGAGUUUCUCCAGCAUUUUUGUGUACCUUCGAUCUUCCAGCAUCUGCAGUUCCUUCUUGAACAAGAAAGAUUCCUCGCUCAGGAACAAUGGAAAAACAAUUUUAAAUUGAGAGCCACAGAAAUGCAAAUUCUCUGUUCUCUCAGGAAAGAACUGUUCUUAACAUCUGACCUUGUCACCACUGGCCUUCCAUUGUCUAUUUACUUUGAAACAGACUGCCUUAUUCAACACCGCCUAUAUACUGAAUCAUCAUGUAAACUAGAGUCAACUCACUCCUUAAAUCAUGCUUAUAUCAUAAAACUUUUAUCCCAUCUUAUUAAUAUGUUUUAAAUGCUCCUUUCCCUAGGCCUCAAUAACCACCACUCAUAUCAUCAUAAUUUGUCAUAUUCAAGUUUUUUAGUAAGACCAAAUGGUAUGAUGGUCAAUUGCCCUACAAGAGGCCCUCUACCACCUAUUAUCACUUCAAGGUAUUCUUCGUGAAUCAAAAGCCACAUCUCAUUCUUUUGCACCCUUUUAGUGCUUUUCCACUGUAUGUUCAUCAUUAAUCCCGUCCAUAUGCAAAAUGCUAUAUAUGAAAGAUCACUUGCUUGUUAUGAAUCCAUUUUCGUCAUGUAUCAGAUACUCCUGAGCAAUUGGCCAUCAUCUAUCGUCCUAACAGUCGCUGAAAUCUUAGCAUCAACUGCAAACCUGCCUGCAUCUUCGACAUAACUAAGAAUAGAAAAUGUAUCUGUCCUAACGCUGAUUCCUGUGACAUGCCACAGAUGAUCAGUGGCCAAACAGUUUACAUGUAUAGUUCCACUACUUCCUAUCAUGGCUUCCCUGCCUAUUCUUAAUGUAUUUCAACCAAUACAAGAGGCAUUGCUCGCAGAGAAGCAUCUUUGCAAUUGUCGGUCAAAGGCUUUUUUACAAGUUAACUUAGACCAUGACUGGUUGCUUUUGUCCAUCUCUCAAGCAUCUUGGCUAUUUGCUGAUGUCAGUCCAAUGAGCCUAUCAUUGCCAAUGUGCUUGUCUGUUCAUGAACUGGCUUUUAGCUGAAGAGGUCUUUGCAGUGUGUGAUGACCUAUAGAAAUAGUAUGUUCAAAGUACUUUCAGGGUAGUCCAAUCCCAAUGAAGACUUUUGGGCAAUGUCAUAUGGCCUAGAUACUCAGCCAUUUUCAGAUUUCUAAUUCUUCACAAACCAGCAAGUUAAUUCAAAUUUAUAAUAGGUUUUGUUAACAAUAUCUUGAAAUUCUAAUCAUUAAGCAUUGUUUUUAAAAUUGAAGACUAUAGUGAAGUUCCUUUUAAAUAUUUCUGGU